UUAUCUCCCAUGCAGCGACAGCCUCCCCUACUUCACCGAUGCAGUAGUGCCUAAACUGCCACCAACUCUGCAAUGGCCUACGUGCUGUCCCUCCGGCCGCAUAGCCCUCUUAAGCGCUCCUUCAGCGACAAUCCCUAUUUAGCUUCAUGCUCACCACUCAAAGAUGUCGCCUUUGGGGCUCUCCGCGACAUUACCCCUCGAAACGCUUCCGCGUGCUCACUCUACUCCUUGGGCUCUGGCCAGGCCGGUGGCCAGCUUCGCGGAACGGAAAAUACACCACCACCCGGCUCACAUUCGCUGUUGGACCUGGUCCCGGAGACCGAUGUUCAUACCCACGUUGGCCUGAACGACAAUGUACCUCGAAAGCGAAGCUGUGAGCUCAAUCGUAUAGCUCCUUCGUUCUCCAAGAUUACGACUCCCACCUACCCUUAUUCGAGAAGAGCAAAGAUGACCACGCAAGGCUCGGAACGUCUAUCAAGCGACCCUAGCUCACCGGAGCCUAUGGUGGUUGACAAUAACACCGACGACGAUACCGAUUUCUUCGACUUGUACGAAGCCAUUCAUAUCCCGCUUCCAGAAGGACGCUGGUCGGACAACACUGCAAACGAAGCCCAAGUGAAUUUGGAAGAACAUGACGAGGAUGUUGCCAGUCCGCAACCAUUCCGACAAUGGAUGAGCACUCUGCGGUGUCGACACAUACACAGACACAGGGAUCCGGGGCCCGAAGUACCUUCCGUGGCAGUCGAGAUGAUAGAUGACCAGGCAUUACUGUUUCCGCCCGUUGUGCCGAUCACAGAAAGAGCUCGACGAUUCUCUGACUCCAUGUCGUCGUCGAUGGGAUACGUUACAGCGAUACAUUCUGCAUCAAUCACUGUGGCCAGUGCCAGCAUCGCUCCUCGAUCCGAUACGCCCGGGUUUGCAGACCAUGUUCGUCUAGGAAAGAGAAGUAGUCAUUGUUCGGAAGCACGGAUAUCUACUGAGAGCCAUGGUGGGGCUUUGAGCACUAUCAUCGAUGAAGGAGCUUGGCUGCGGUCCGCUCAGCGACGCAAGGUUGUCGAGGAACUCAUUUCCACGGAGGAGAGCUACAUUGCCGACCUCAAAGUUUUGGUUAAUGAUUACUUCAUGAUCCUCAGCGGCGUGCCCGCAUUACCAGCCCAUAGACGAGCAGCUAUUCAACGAAAUAUCUCUCAGAUUCUACAAUUGCACGAAGAGUUGCUUGCUGAGCUUCAUCAAGUGGUCCCUGAAGCAGACUCUACCCAAAGCGCUCAUCAAGAGGCAUAUCCGGCCACCAAAGCGAAGCACAUCCGUUUCCAUAGCGCAGACCUGAUGCCAGGACGGUUUUUUGAGCACAAGAUCACUCGAAGGCUUCGACAUUCGUUGGACAUCGGUCGAUCACCCGAUCGGCGACCGCAGGGUCUAGUGACAGAUACGAAAACCAUUGGCGACAUUGCUAGAAUCUUCAACAAACACAUGAAACGUUUCUUCACGUAUGAGGAAUACGGUGCGCAUUGGACCACCAUGUCUCAAGAUCUUACCUCGACGUGCAAAGGCCUCCAUGGCUGGCAGGAGUUCGAGCGUGGAGUCGAAGCUCUGUCCAAGGUCGUUGCAUCGGAGAACAAUCGCUCAACAACCAGUCGCAAGGCUUUGAGUUUCCCGGAUUUAUUGAUCAAGCCAAUCCAAAGGGUUUGCAAGUACCCACUCUUAUUCGGUGAUCUCUGCCGACAUACACCUGUAUAUGAUGAUCCGGAAGCUCACGCCGAGAUUGAGAAGGCGCUAUUCCGCUUGCAAGAGACUAUACGUGAGGUCAACAAGGCCAAGGACGAUCCCAAGACCCGUCGCUUGAUCGAAAUCACCUGGCAACUGCAAGAUCGUCUCAUGUUCCAGGAACAGGCCAUCUCAAAAGCGCUCGUCUUUCGGUUGCUUGGCCAUGUCCUUGUCUGUGGUGUGCUUCAUGUGGCUUAUCAGACUCCUGAUCGUGUCAAAGGACAAUACAUGGCUUGUGUCUUGUAUAAGUCCUGCCUUGUCCUCGCCAAUGCAGGGCGCUUCUUCACGCCGUAUAGCGUUGUCGCAUCAAUCGCGCUCGCUAACGGAAGCAUCGAAGAGACGGACAAUGGACGAGGUCUGCAAUGCCAUACCGCUCCACACUCUUGGAAGCUGGUGUUCGAACACGGCCAUCGUUUGCAUGAGAUCAUCAUGAGCGCCUGCUCAUCUCAGGAAGAGGAAGUCUGGAAGAAACAGCUUCGCCAACGUGUUGUAUGCGAGACACAUGAGUUCGCUGAAGGACAGUCGACUAUGCAAGAUAUGUUCUCAUCAUUAUCCUUGGACAUCAAAUCGAUCGGACCUUUGUUUGGUCAUGCAGACAGCCUGGUGCGACGCAUGUCGGUCCACCGCGCAGCGACCCUAGGCUCGAAAACUCAUUUGACUCAAGUCAUUAUCAAAAACACUCAGGCGCAGAAGUCACCAGAACCAUCACCCCCGUUCGCACCGAACUUGGUUACUCGGUCGCAAUCACACCUGUCCGCAACUCAUGUGCCUACCUUGGCCCCGCGAAGGGCUGAGAGAACUCGUCUAGAGACUGCUUUGGAAGACGUUUGGACUAAAGACAUCUUACCAUUUCCAGGGAUGGGGAACCGGAGGGUGGAGAACCAGUUCCGCGCAUCGGCCAACUCGGUAAUGAGGAAGCUCAGCAUGGCGAGCAUUGCAAGCAACUUCUCUCGGCGCUCGCCCAGCUUCUCCGGCGUCAGUAACACGCGCUCGGAAGACUCUAUUAGCAGCAGAGUCCACAAGAUGUCACACGGAAAUCUCCGUGGACAGGCUCUUGCAGACCGUCGACCCGCUCCAGCUGUGGUGGACUUCCAUACUGCGCCAGCUGCUUUUCUGCCUAACGAUUUUGAGUUACCAGGCACAAGGCCCUCAAGCCGUCGGCGACGCCUUGCAAAUCGAGCCGCAGGAACGGAGCGCUGGAGCGACAAGAGCACGCCCGGGAAACCUAAACGCACACGCCGUCUGUCCUCGCAUCUGAUCGGCCUGCCUCGGACGGACACCGCCAGUCGUGUUGGCAGCCGCGUCGAAAGCAGGAGCACUUCAAUGGCGUCGCACAGCACAGCAUUGUGCCCGCCCGACAGUAAAUCCAAGCCAGUCAAGAGUCAGGAGAACGAGAAGAGCAACGGCAAGGACACUUGCCAACGUAGGACGUGCCAGGAUGAGUCGUUUGGCUCGACGCCGCCAGCUAAGAAGUUUCUGAAGAGCAGAAGCAGGAUCUUCAAGUUUUGGGUAUGAUUCCGCAAGAGGAGCGUAGCGAGUUAAAUAAGAGUAUUGCGAAUCGUUGGAUCGAGGAAGGUUUGGCUACGGCCGUUGGAAAACGCGAAGGGUGAGAGUCAUGGGUAUAGUGUGACGACCUCGACUAUU